UCAGCGGAACGUUCUUUGACAGUCUUGUAGUUUUACUGUCAUGUCUGUCCGAAUCGGAAAAGCUGCUCGCAGUUUGCUUAAUCCGGUUGUGGGGCUCUUGCGGCCCUCAGCCUCGGCCGUUAGUCGGAGUUAUGCCGCUGUGACUGAAGCCAGAGCGUUGCUGGAGAAUGAACUCGACUCGAUCCGAGCUGCGGGGACGUGGAAAGCAGAGAGAAUCAUCACGUCCCAACAGGGUCCACACAUCAACGUGGACGGCAGCAGUGGCAGCAUUUUGAAUUUCUGUGCCAACAACUACCUCGGACUGUCCAGUCAUCCCGAUGUGGUCCAGGCAGGGUUAGACGCUCUUAGAACACAUGGUGCUGGCCUUAGUUCUGUGAGGUUCAUCUGUGGCACACAGGAUCUGCACAAAAACCUGGAGAAGAAGAUUGCAGAGUUUCACGAGAGGGAGGACUGUAUCCUCUAUGCCAGUUGUUUUGAUGCAAAUGCUGGACUGUUUGAGGUUCUGUUGGGUCCCGAUGAUGCAGUCCUGUCUGAUGAGCUGAACCAUGCCUCCAUCAUUGAUGGGAUCCGUCUGUGUCAUGCAAAGAGACUACGCUAUAAACACUUGGACCUCAGUGAUCUCGAGAAUAAGCUUCAAGAGUCCCAGUCUUCCCGUAUGCGUCUGAUUGUCACAGAUGGAGUUUUCUCCAUGGAUGGAGACGUGGCUCCUUUACCUAGAAUCUGUGACCUUGCUGAGCGGUACGGAGCCCUGGUGUUUAUAGAUGAAUGCCAUGCCACGGGCUUCCUGGGGCCCCGAGGCAGAGGGACAGAUGAGCUCCUGGGAGUGAUGGACAGAGUUCACAUUAUAAACUCCACCCUAGGAAAAGCACUGGGAGGAGCAGCUGGUGGUUACACAGUUGGCCCAAAACCUCUCAUUGACCUGCUGAGGCAGCGUUCACGACCGUACUUGUUCUCUAACUCGCUUCCUCCCCCCGUGGUCGGCUGUGCCACAAAGGCCGUGGAGCUGCUGCUGGCCUCCAAUCAGAUUGCACAGAGCAUGGCGGCCAAAACAAUGAAGUUCAGGAACAGGAUGACAGAAGCUGGUUUCACCAUCACAGGCUCGACUCACCCCAUCUGUCCUGUGAUGCUCGGAGAUGCACGGCUGGCCUCGGUGAUGGCCGAUGACAUGCUGAAGCUCGGAGUCUAUGUGAUUGGAUUCUCCUACCCAGUUGUACCAAAGGGCAAAGCAAGAAUCCGUGUUCAGAUUUCAGCAGCACACACAGAGGAAGACAUCGACCAUUGUGUUGAAGCGUUCAUCCAGACAGGAAAAAAGCACGGAGUCAUUUCUUAAGUACGACAGAAGAGCAGAGACCAGGAUUUGCCAGUCAGAAUGAAUCACUAAGUAUAGGGCUGGUUGCAAAUUUACAUACAUAAAAACUUUUACAACUCAUUUUUUAACUGCGCAAUACUCCAUUUUAUCACAUGCUGCGUGUUAAGGCAGUUGGAAUGGCUAGUUUAUUUCUAUAUACAUUUAUUGUCAAAACAAUAAUUCCAUGAUAAAACUUACAAGGUUUUAUUCACUUUAUCAAGUUUUCAGGUGGUCCACAGUUUUCAAACACCAAAUUGAUUGCCUCUUUAUACCGUAUAGAAGAUUUCAAUAGAUUCAACAAGGGGAGGUGAUGGUCUAGUGGUUAAGGUGUUGGGCCUGACUGGAAAAUCACUAAGGGCACUUGGGCAAGGUCCUUAAUCCCUUAUUGCUCCCGGUGUGUAGUGAGCGCCAUGUAUGGCAGCACCCUAACAUCGGGGUGAAUGUGAGGCAUAAUUGUAAAGCGCUUUGAGCGUCUGAUGCAGAUGGAAAAGCGCAAUAUAAAUGCAGUCCAUUUACCAUUCAACAAACUGAUGGAAUUACCUCUAUAAAAGCUUCUGAAUGACUAAUGGUCAGAAUUAGAUGCUAAUUGGGCAACAUUUUGGCUGUAUUUAAGGAGUUACCCAAAGAGCCAUAGUGUCUUCUUACAUUUCAGACCAUAAUAAUGAUGGGUGCAAGAAUGAGGAUAAAAGAGUGAAAUUUGGCCCAGACAUUCACCAUAUAAUUUAAAAUCAUCUCAGAGGUGGAGCCAAUUGCUAGGCAACUUUUUCCUUAGCAACCAGGAUGUUGGAUGCCUCCAUAUAAAUUUUACACAUCAAUAACAUUGUUUUUUAAUACCCGUAACAUGAAUUUACAAAUUAGCUUUGAUUUGAAGUUGUAUAAAUGAAGUCGGAAAGCUCCUAUUCGUGCACACAGGGUGCCAGAUGUCAGCCUUUCUUCCCGCCAAGGCCACCCCAAGCACAGUGUUGCAAGGUGGACACUACUGGGGAUCCGAUGUACAACCACACCAUAUUGUGAGUCGCUAUCUCCUGCUGAGUAGGAAUGGACUUGCCCAGAACACUGGAGACCCAUUUGGUCAACCUUGCCCGAAGCCAGUGCAUUCUGCCUGGAGCUGUUUAAAUGUACAUGAAGGGGCAGAUGUGCAGACUGCAAAUGUGUACAAGUGACUUUCCAGUGCAGUGAUUCCUGCACAUGCAGGGGAAACUGUGGCCAUGCUUGAAUUGACCCUGCCAUGUAUGUAUUAUCUCUUGUCAAGCAACAAAGCAAACAACUCUAAAUAUCUUUAUAUGGAUAUAAAGUAGGCAUUCUAAUUGAAUCAAACUAAUUGAGAUAAGUCUGAUCACAUGGGCUGUGUGGUAUAGUCCAUGGGCCAAGCAGGUUUUCAGUACUACUUGGGAGAAUUAAACAACACAGUACAGUCCAACCUCAGUGUGCCAUGGCCACCCCAGGAAGGCAGCUAUAGCCAGACAGGGGUCAACGAAGGAUUACACAGAGGUUGAAAAGCAUUCCACAUUAUUUGUCCAGUCAAAAAGAUUCUGAAAAGGUACAGUCUGAACUAUCUACCUAACUGCUAUCAAGUAAGUCAAAAUUGGUUUUGGGCUCAUGGAUGAAAAGGGGGAACUUAAGUAGUCUGAAGUACUUCAGACAAGUUGUAUGAAAACUUGUGACCUCAUCUGUAGUUCUAAAACCGCUUCUGUUGCAAACUGUUACUCAAGACUUAUGAGUGGUUAAUAUUAGUUUCAUUUUUUCAGUCACUUUUUGCUUGCUGAAUAAAUACAUUUUCCUAAUG